AGCCCGCGCCAGCUGGGACCCGGAUAGGGGGCGGGUCUUCCGGGACGAGGACGCAUGGGUGAGGAAGGUCAGGUCCAGGAACUCUAACUCCUUGCCACUCAAGAAAUGUCCCCCCUUUCAGAAUAUGCCUUGCGCAUGUCUCGUCUCAGUGCUCGGCUAUUUGGUGAAGUUGCCAGGCCUACUGAUUCCAAGUCUAUGAAAGUGGUGAAACUGUUCAGUGAACUGCCCUUGGCCAAGAAGAAGGAGACUUAUGACUGGUAUCCAGAUCACCACACUUACUCUGGACUCAUGCGGACACUCCGACUUCUGGGACUCUACAGAGAUGAGCAUCAGGAUUUUAUGAAUGAGCAAAAACGACUAAAGAAACUUCGUGGAAAGGGGAAACCAAAGAAAGGAGAAGGAAAAAGAGCAGCAAAAAAGAAAUAAUAUUGGUCCCUCAAGAGGGAGAAUUUCUUCCUCAGUGACAGAGAGAAGAAAGUGCGUUUAUUGUCUUUCCACAUAUUGGAGGAAUGUCAUCUUCCUAAAUGAAGGUUAUUUGGAGGAACACAGUCAUAUUCUUCUAAUCCAGUUAAAUUGUGGCUGGUUUCUUGAACACGUUCUAACUGUGCAAAAUUAUUUUGGCCUUGGCCACGUAAUGUGACGUUUACCUAGUUCUCUAAUGAAAUGAAUAAAUAAGUUAUUGUUUGA